AUGGAGAAAAUAAAUUUCUCGGGAGGCGAACCGUUUCUUCAGGACAGAGGCGAGUUUGUAGGCAAACUGGUCCAGUUCUGCAAGCAGGAGUUGAAGCUGCCAAGCGUCAGCAUUGUUAGCAACGGCAGCCUGAUCAGAGAGCGGUGGUUCCAGAAGUACGGUGAAUAUUUAGACAUUCUGGCCAUUUCAUGUGAUAGUUUUGACGAGAAUGUCAACGUUUUAAUUGGCCGUGGUCAAGGAAAGAAGAACCAUGUGGAAAAUCUGCAUAAACUGCGACAGUGGUGCCGAGAGUAUGCUGUUGCUUUCAAAAUAAAUUCAGUGAUCAACAGAUUUAAUGUUGAGGAAGAUAUGAACGAGCAGAUCAAGGCACUCAACCCUGUGCGCUGGAAGGUAUUCCAGUGCCUGCUCAUCGAAGGGGAGAACAGUGGUGAGGAUGCCCUGAGAGAAGCAGAGAGAUUUGUUAUCAGUGAUGAAGACUUUGAAAAAUUCCUGCAUCGUCACAAAGAUGUCUCCUGUUUGGUACCGGAAUCUAAUCAGAAGAUGAGGGACUCAUACCUCAUUCUGGAUGAAUACAUGCGUUUUCUAAACUGUAGAAAUGGACGGAAAGAGCCUUCCAAGUCUAUCCUAGAUGUUGGCGUAGAAGCAGCUAUAAAAUUCAGUGGAUUUGAUGAGAAGAUGUUCCUAAAAAGAGGAGGAAAGUAUGUGUGGAGUAAAGCAGACAUGAAACUGGACUGGUAA